UCACCGCGUAAAAGACGCCGUAAAGCAAAUAAAGACGACGAAGAGGAUGACUUUGAUCUGAAGGAGGGACAGGAAGUCGUUGGAGAGGUCGUUCAAGCUCCCAAAACUGGACGAGUACCUCCUGGUCAAAUAUCCAAGAAUACUUUUGAUUUCUUGCAAAAACUUACGGACCCAGAAUGUAACGACCGGGAGUGGUACGCGUUCAAGUUGCAUGAGCCUGUAUACCGUCUCGCUGAGAAGGAAUUCAAGGAUUUUGUGGACGCAUUCACUGAAAUCCUGACAGAGGUCGACCCGCAUAUUCCUCCCCUACCACCCAAAGACGUAAUUCAUCGCAUUUACAGAGAUGUACGUUUCAGCAACGAUAAAACCCCUUACAAGAAGAACUUGUCUGGUAGCUUUUCCAGGAGCGGUAGGAAAGGAAUCUUUGCAUGUUUCAGUCCAGGCGGCGAAACCCUUCUUGCUGCCGGUACAUGGUGUCCAGGCAAAAACGAGCUUGCUACUAUCCGUUCGAACAUUGCUCGUUCAUCCGAUAGACUCAGACAUGUCAUCUCUGACCCUGAGUUUGUCAAGCUCUUCGGUGAACCAAAGCCGAUGAAAGAUGGAGGUCGCAGGAACAUCUUUGGUGCAGAGGAUGAGUUGAAAGUAGCGCCGAAGGGCUUUGCCAAGGACCACAAGGAUAUUGAUCUUCUCAAAUGUCGUACUUUUGCGGUUGUACAUCGUUUCAAGGAUUCUGAGGUACUCGCUCCCGACUUCAAGAACAAAUUAGGUGAAGUUGCAGCCGUGGUCCGACCGUUCGUGCACUGUCUAAAUGACUUGAUGACGUUACAAGAUAACGAUGGCGGCGACGACGACGAGGAUGGUGAUGAUGAGGAA